ACACUUUUCCCGAAAUCCCCCUGAACAACGAGAAAACCUUGCCAGAAACCAGCUAUCCCAACCAAACGACACGACUGCCACCGAUAACCUACACGGGGCGCUUCUCUUUAGAGCCGGCCCCCAACAGCAGCAACACCUUAUGGCCAGAGCCCCUCUUCAGCCUCGUCAGUGGGCUGGUAGGCAUGGCUAAUGCACCUCCCACCUCUACACCUACUUCAUCAUCACCGUCCUCCUCCUCACAGAGCUCCCCACUGAGCUGUUCUGUCCAGGCCAGCGAGAACAGUCCAAUUUAUUCAGCUGCACCAACUUUCCCCAAUGCCAGCUCUGACAUUUUUCCUGAAUCACAGACCCAGUCUUUUCCCAACCCCUCUGGAGCCCCCAUCCAGUAUCCACCUCCAGCUUAUCCAACUGCUAAAACCAACUUUCAGGUGCCAAUGAUCCCGGAUUACCUGUUCCCUCAGCAACAGGGGGAGCUCAGUCUUGUUCCAGCUGAUCAGAAGCCCUUCCCAGCCCUUGAGACCAGAGCACAGCAGCCUUCCCUCACGCCGCUAUCCACUAUUAAGGCAUUUGCAACUCAGACUGGCUCCCAAGAGUUGAAGACCCUCAACACUAACUAUCAGUCCCAGCUGAUCAAGCCCAGCAGGAUGAGGAAAUACCCAAACCGUCCCAGCAAGACCCCACCUCACGAGCGACCCUAUGCCUGCCCAGUGGAGUCCUGUGACCGGAGGUUUUCACGAUCCGAUGAACUAACGCGACACAUACGCAUCCACACAGGACAGAAACCUUUCCAGUGCCGCAUUUGCAGGAGUGACCACUUGACUACACACAUCCGCACACACACAGGAGAGAAGCCAUUUGCCUGUGACAUUUGUGGCAGAAAGUUUGCCAGAAGUGAUGAGAGGAAGAGGCACACUAAAAUCCACCUUAGGCAGAAGGACAAGAAAGUGGAAAAGGCAGCUCCAGUCUCAACUGCUUCCUCAAUUCCCACCUAUUCAUCCUCUGUGACUACAUCCUACCCUUCCUCCAUUGCCACCAGUUACCCCUCACCAGUGCACACAGUGUAUUCCUCUCCUACUCCCUCUUCCUAUCCCUCCCCUGCACACAACGCAUUCCCAUCCCCUUCUAUAGCAACCACUUACCCCUCUGGCACUGCUGCUUUUCAGACCCAGGUGGCCACCUUCUCAUCUCCAGCGGUCACCAACAAUUUCAGCUCACAGGUGACCUCAGCACUUUCAGACAUGAACUCAACCUUUUCUCCAAGGACAAUUGAGAUCUGCUGAGGCUACCUUCUGGAACAGGAGAAUUCACCUUUUCCAUUGGUAUUAUCAGACAUGGAGUCUCCAGUUACUCCCCCAACACCAUACGUUGCAAGGCUAUUUAACUUUAGUUUAAACUUCAGCUGCCUGAGACAACUGCUGCUUAAGUUUUCCACCUCUGUUGAAUGACUUAAUUUGCAUGGACUGUGGAUAUAAGUUCAAUAUCAUUUUCCCCGUAAACAAUAGUCUUUUAUUAGGAAGAAAGGACUUUUGAUUAAGUAUCUAGCUGAUGUAAAUUGUACAUGUGCCAUGGUUUUGCUUUCCUUUAGGUACUAUUGAUGUGAAAAAAAUCUUUGCAUAUCCAUAUUGUAUUAUUUGGAGUUUGCAGGGCCAUAGUUUGUAAAUGUUAAUUCUGUUAUAGUGACAGUGCUGUCAUGCAUUUCAGACUUCUUUGGGAACAGCACUUACUGUAUUUGAGCAUGUUAGAGUGAUGCUAUGUAAAUAUCACCUGAUGAGACACUCACUUGUGGCAGAAGUUUUGUUUUUAAAGUUACAAGUCUUGGUGCCUUUUUGUGAAGCCUUGCUGACAUCAUGCAUUUGUGUGAAUGGAUGCUUUGCAUCUUGCCUUAAAGUGAAAGGGAUGCUACUCAAGGAAUGUAAGGAAGAGCAGAUAAUGGGUGGGGAGAGGAACACGAGGAAGCCCUAGGGGAUGGAAUGUAAGCAAAAAAACCCCAAACCAACCAACAAAUAACACCCCAAAAAACCCCACCACAUCUCUCAAAGUCUAUUUUUGUUACAAAAAUGUAAAUUUAUAUAUAUAUAUAUAUUCAGGAGUUGGAAUGUUGUAGUUACCUACUGAGUAGGCAGCAAUUUUUGUAUGUUAUGAACAUGCAGUUCAUUAUUUUGUGGUUUAUUUUUAUUUUGUAAUUGUGUUUGUUAAAAUGAAAGUGACUGUUCGGCUUCUAAACACAUCGAAUGCGCUUUCCUGCCAAUGGGAUAUUUGGUGUACAAUACCCUUCAGAAAAAAAUAAAUAAAAUCUCAAAUCAUAUGGACUU